UGAGGGGAGCCUGGGCUGCAGUCGGCGGCGUGGCUCAGUCUGCCUCCUCCUCGCCGCGUCCCGGCUGCCAUCCCCGGCGCUGCCGCCAGUAUCGAUCAUGCUUUAUCUCGGGAUGUUUUCCACGGCAUGCAUCCGCAUGCAUGACUGUGUGGCAAACUGAUUCAGACCGCAGCAGAUGUGAGAUGCCCUUGCCUUCGCCAUGGCCAAAGGUCCGUUUCCAUGGGGGGUCCUCAGAAAGCCUCUGUACGUCCAGGCCAGAUUCUCCUACCUACACAUGAAGUACCUGUUCUUCUCCUGGCUGGCUGUGUUCGUAGGAAGCUGGAUCGUGUACGUGGAGUACUCGUCCUAUACAGAGCGCUGUCGAGGGCACGACUGCAAAAAUUCUAUCUGUGACAAAUACAGGAAAGGAGUCAUCGAUGGCACAGCCUGCAGCAGCCUGUGUGAGAAGGAAACACUUUACCUGGAGAAGUGCUUUACUGCCAAACCUAACAGCCAGGUUUACUCAGGAAACUGGGGAGAUUUACAAGGAGUCAUUAAGUGCCAGAUGGAGGAGGCACCCCAUUAUGAUCUUGGAGGCGAGAUGGAGCCUAGAAAGGAGGCUGCUCCCGUUGCUUUCAACAAACCCACCAAGGGAACCUCAGUGGAAAAGUUCAGAGAGAUGAUAAUCAGCCAUCUGAAGGCAAAAGUCGGGGAUCAAGCCAAUCUUGCAGACCUGGCAACCCAGGUAUUGUCCUUUACAGAUUCCAAUAAAGACGGCCAGAUCUCGCUGCCAGAGGCUCGCUCCACGUGGGCCCUGCUGCAGCUCAACGAGUUCCUGUUGGCGCUCGUCCUGCAGGAACGAGAUCACACACCCAAGCUGCUCGGCUUCUGUGGAGAUCUGUACAUGAUGGAGAAGGUUCCGUACUCUCCCCUGUACGGCAUCAGCCUGCCUUGGAUCGUUGAGCUGUGGAUUCCUGCAGGUCUGCGGCGCAGCAUGGAGCAGUGGUUCACCCCCUCAUGGCCCCACAAGGCCAAGAUCUCCAUUGGCCUGCUAGAACUGGUCGAGGACAUUUUCCACGGCACCUACGGAAGCUUCCUCAUGUGUGAUGUGAGGACUACCACCUUCGGCUACAACGAACGGUAUGACUUUAAGGUUGUGGACGCCCGAUACAUCAUCCCUGAAGCCACCUUCCAGGAGAGAAUCAGGCAGCAGCGUUGUGACGUAGACGAGGACUGUCUGUAUGGGAUCGACUGCCUCACUAGCUGCGACCUCACCAAGCAUCGCUGCACACCUGAGGUCACCAGGCCAAACUUGGCAAAAGUCUGUGACACCCUUAAGAAUUACAUCCUAAGAGGAGCGCCGUCUGACCUAAGCGAUGAGCUUGAGAAACAGCUCUAUGCUUGUAUGGGACUGAAAGGUUCGGCAGAACAGAUGGAGAUUGAGCACUCCCUCAUUCUGAACAAUCUCAAGACUCUACUGUGGAAGAAAAUCUCCCAUACAAAAGACUCCUAAUCAAGACGCAUGGGCGUUCUUGCUUAUUUAAAACGGACAAUCAGUUUCGUAAUGGAAGCAUUCCACUUAUAUUUAGUAUUACCUAUAUACAUGAUUUAAUUAUUAAGCUGUCUGUUCAGUCAUUUCAAUAUCACCUCAUGUAGCUACUAUGUAUUCUACAGAGUAAACAUCGGACAGUUACUGGUAUCAAGUUAUAUCUCAUUACAAUAGACUAUCGGAGAAAAGUUGAUCUGUUUCAGUAAUUCAGUUCAAAUAGUUUGACUUAUCUUUACAGUUUACUGUGGCAGCAUCUCAGACUGGUAACAGGAAUCCAGUUUGAGAUGUGUGGGGCUUUUUGACAGAAAAUGGGUCCACUGUGGUCAUGAAAGGAUGGACACAGUCAGCAACAAUACUCAGGUAGGUGUUUAAACAAUGGUCUCAAGAGGCACAAAGUAUCCCAAGAUGUAGUUGCCAAACCAUUAUACCACCACAAGUCUGAACCACUGAUGUUUUAUGUCGCUUACACCAAAUUCUGACCAUAGCAUAUGAACAAUGAAGCAAGAAUCAGGACUCGACUGAUGAAAAGUAUGUUCAUCUACACAAUAUUCACUUAGUAUUUCGCAUAAAUCUCUGCAUCACUGCAACAACGUGGGAUGAUCAGCCUGUUGUUCUGUGUUUUGGCUUUAUUAGUCUUCAGCCCAUGUGGCUUUUUAUCUUCCUUGCACUCCAUCGAUUUUCUAUUGAGUCAGGCCAGUUUGUCAGUACUAUGAUAACGUGGCCAUUAAAGCAGGUACUUUAGCAGUGUGGGCAGCUGCCAAGUCCAGCUGGAAAAUAAAAUCAGCAUCUCCAUUAGAUUUGUCAACAUCAGGAAGCAUGAAGUGGUCUAUUUAUUUUUCUAUUCUAACCUUAAAAGCUAAUGGACCAACAGUAGCUGAUGAGGUAGUACCUCAAACCAUCAUUGACUGUGAAAACUUUAUACUGGUCUGAUAGUUUGGAUUGUGAGCCUUCACUCCCUAGUGAAACACUACUUUGAUUUUCAUCUUAAAAGAGGACUUUAGACCACUUAACCAUUACUCAUUUUUCUCCAUAGCCCAAGUUGUCACAGGUCUCAUCUGAUCCAUGUGUGGUGACUUUUGUAGCUGGCAGUUCAUAGUUUGAAAGUGUGUCCUUGAUCUUUGAACAGGUUUUCCUUUACAAUCUUAAAGUUGCAGUUAUACCUGUAGCUUUUGAACCUUUUUCCAUCCACUCAACUUUAUGAAAAUACUUUGAUACAGCCGUCUGUGCAGAAGUGACAGUGCUGAUUAACCGUCCCAUUCAAGUUGUCCGUCUACAUCACAGCUCUCAUGUCAAGUCUUGCCUCUGAGAUGUAACAUACUCUGUAUUGAACCUAUAGAGAAGUUGGGAGUUUUGAUCAGCUGUGAAAUAAUCUUUAACAUAAAAACUUGAUAUGUCUGUGUAUAAUUAUUAUACAAGCUUCACUUUUUAUUCAAGUUACUGAAAUAACGCCUCAAUUGUGUAACAGCAGAUACCAUUUAAAAAGUUAAUAUUGAAACCCUCCUAGUUUCAGCUGUACUAUUUUAAGACAGACAUGUAGGUAGCCCCUCCCACAUCAUUUCCCCCCUGCAGUCAUGAAAUUCUGAACUAACUCUAACAACUUCACCAGAAAAACUUUGCCAUACUACUCAUGCUUCUACAUCAGAGCUGUGAAUGAAGUGAAGAAAACAAAGCAGACUGGAAAAC